AUGGAGUUACAAGCGCGUCCCUUCAAUGUGGAGACUAUGCUGUUCAAGGCAAGGAGAAGGCAAGUUAAGAAGCUGCGUGGUGCAAACUCGCCUCUCUAUACAUCCAUUUGGCCGAUGGUCCAUGUCGUGCGAAUGUUCGGUUUCGCUCCUUAUGACUUCUCGCAGGAUCGUCUGGUGCCAUCGAAUGGAUACUUAAUCUUCUCGGCUAUCGCCGCUUCGCUCUAUAGCUAUGCAAUAUACGUGAUUAUCGAAAAGUUCAUGAACAUCGAGAGAGAGACGGAGGUUCUUGAAGGAACGGAGAAUACAAAGGUGAUCAUCAACUAUAGCGUGGUGAUAUACGAGUUGGGCUUGGCAGUGUUCACUAGACACAGUUUCACCAAGACCUGGAACGCGCUUCAGGAUUACGACGACAGCGUCAGACAGCUUGGUUUUCCUCGCAAGGAGACGCAGACGGCGAUCUACGCGUGGAUCCUCACUAUCUUGACCACGGCCGUGUGGACUCUCGUCAAUCGUUCUGGAAUGUACGCUUUUCUCGAAUCAUGGCUUGAGAACAUGGGAUAUAUGUUGUCGUACAUCGGCACUUCGAUGGCUGUCUUUAAGUUCGCGGCGGUGAUCCUGUUUUUGGGACAACGAUUUCAUCAUCUCAAUACGAUCGCGAUGAGAAAUCUGCCGUCGAUGUCGGCGGGCGAAAGCACCACCGUUAUUAGCAGAAAGACGAUUCUAAGUCUGCAUAAUGAUCUGAUGAUCGCCGCGGAGAACUUCGAGGCGGUGAAUUCAUGGUCGCUGCUUCUCUGGCUCGGUAAUCUCUGCCUGCACACCGUUAGCAACAUAUACUUCAUAAUCGAAUGGAUACUCAAGAAGUGGGACAUGAUGGCAUGGCCGCUGAUUCGUUGCUUAAGCGUCUGGGUGAUGGCGUUCGUCUUCCAGCUUCUAUUACUUCAUAUCGCCUGCGACUUUGCCUCAUCUCAAGCUAAUUGUAUGGGUCCGAUUCUUAUCGAGUGGCAAGUAAGAUUGAUGAAGAAAAAAGAAGAAUGCGCCGAGUCGUUGUUGCAAUUCAUAAAUCGAAAGCUCAACUUUUCCGCUGGCGGAUGCUUUUACGUGAACUUGCCGUUAUUACGUUCGAUAGCCGCUCUGUUGACCACAUAUCUAGUUAUACUACUGCAGCUACCGGACUGAGAGUGCGUCGGAAAUAAAAGCAAG